UGCUAACAAGCCUAGGUAGGAUCUCUGUACAAUAAAUUAAUAUAGCCGGGUCGGUGAUCGCUGCGUAUUUUUUCCCCUUCACCUUGAUCUAGCUAUCGACAUCGACUGUUCUAGUCCUUCCUCUUAUUCUAGACACGAACCUGGGAUUAGACUUGCUCACUCUCUCACUCAUCUCAGAUCCCUUCCCUCUCACAUCCACGCCCCCUCGUCCCUUCGCGAUGGCUCCCCAAAUCCCAUUCUCUGAGCCUCCUUGGCUGGCUGGCUUCCCUUCUCCUUAUUACAACGAGUCCCACAAGAAAUGGCAAAAGGCAUGUCGGGCUUUCCUGGAGGAGCACCUCCUCCCUCAUGCCAUGGAUUGGGAACGGGAAGAGACUGUGCCAGACCACCUCUUUCAGACAUUUGCAAAACACAACAUGCUGAUUCCCAAUUUAACUUCGCCUCUACCAGUCGAGUGGCUGAGGCGAUUGGGUAUCAAUGACAUCUUGGGAACCCCAAUUGAAGAAUGGGAUUAUCUCCAUACGGGUAUCUAUCUCGAUGAGAUGGCCAGAUCUGGUCUCGGAGGUCCAGGUGGUUCCAUGACCGCCGGCCAUGCUUUUGGUAUUCCUCCCAUCAUCAAGUUCGGCAACAAGGCGUUACACGAGAAGUUCCUGCCAGACGUCCUCACCGGUAAGAAGCGAAUUUGUAUUGCCAUUACCGAGCCCGGCGCUGGAAGUGAUGUUGCAAACAUUGCGACCACGGCAAAGAAGACUGCAGAUGGCAAACACUAUAUCAUCAAUGGUCAGAAGAAAUGGAUUACCAACGGUAUCUGGUCCGACUACGCCACAAUGGCAGUCCGAACCGGCGGCCCUGGCGGAAAAGGCCUCAGCAUGAUCGUGUGCCCAUUGAAGAAUUACCCUGGUGUUGACAUGAGACGAUUGAAAGUAGCUGGCCAAAUCAGCGCUGGCACGACCUUCAUCGACCUGGACGAUGUCAAAGUGCCCGUGGAGAACCUGAUCGGUGAAGAAGGAAAGGGAAUGGGAUACGUCAUGACCAACUUCAACCACGAACGUCUGACCAUCUGCUGCAGCGUGGCACGUCAAUCGCGUGUCGCCGUUUCAGCCGCCCUCGAAUACGUCAUGAAGCGAGAGGCAUUCGGCAAGGCUCUGAUCGAACAACCGGUGGUGCGACACCGUCUGGCCAAAGUCGGCGCCGAACUCGAAACCUACCAGGCCUGGGUCGAACAGUUCCUGUAUUCGAUGACCAAGCUCACCAAGGAGGAAGCCGAUUUGAAACUCGGUGGAUUGACCGCUCUCGCCAAGGCAAAGGGUGGUAUGGUGUUUAACGAAUGCGCCCAGACCGCAGUGCUGUUGUUCGGUGGUAAUGGAUACACCCGUACCGGCCAGGGCGAGAUUGCCGAACGUCUCUAUCGAGAAGUGCCCGGAACGAGAAUCCCCGGUGGAAGUGAGGAUGUCAUGUUGGAUUUGGCUAUUCGACAGCUGGUCAAAAACUUCCGCAAUGCCACCAAGGAGCUCUCUGCUCCGAGUGGAUCCAGCAAGCUGUGAGUGAGGAAGAAAAGAAUGGCUGUUGAAUUGUGGAUCAACGAGCAAGGUGAUAUGUCUCCAUUAUAAAGUACCUGGGGGUCAGAUCUGGCUUGCGUCUGCCUCAUCGUUGGCUGUAUGGAUCAAUACGCAAGAACAAGAAAAAUAAAUACAUAACCAGCCGUCGUGGAGAGAAUUCCUGUUAGCAUGUAUAGGUGCUGAUGUACAUACAGGGUUUAUGGUCAAAUUUGAAGCAUUUUCUCGAC